GAUCGCCGUACGUUGUUUUCUUUAUAUUACGGCUCUCUCCGAGUGUCUUCGGCUGGUUCCGGGUCGGCGAAGAAGUAUUGAUUAGCUAAGUCAAAUGACGUCAGUGUUCGAGCAAUAUGGCGGAAACAAGUGUUCAAUAGUGUGUUCUUGUCAGUUUCAGAUUUUUUCUUUGAGAAAACAGCGUAUUUUGGUCACUUUGAACUGGUUCAAGAUGACCCUGAUGGUUUUCUUUGGCUGCGCUUUUAUAGCGUUUGGACCAGCUCUCGCGUUAUUUUCCCUCACUGUCGCGAAAGAUGCUCAGCAAGUGAUCGUGUUGAUUGCCAGUGCAUUUUUCUGGUUAUUGUCACUGCUGUUGUCCUCAAUCUGGUGGACUGUUGUUUCACCUCUUAAGAAGCAUCUAGCAUUUGGUAUUGUAUUCUCUGUUAUUUUUCAAGAACUUUUUAGACUGGCUUUCUACAAAUUGAUGAGGAAAGCAGAUGAAGGCCUUCUUUCAAUGAUCAAUAACCAGACACCUCUAAGGAAACACAGGAUUGCAUAUGUUUCUGGCCUAGGUUAUGGCAUAAUAAGUGGACUCUUUGCUAUGGUGAAUGUACUAGCAGAUAUCACUGGCCCAGGUUCUCUAGGUCUAAAGGAUGACGUACCUCAAAAUUUUCUUAUUGUGUCUGCUUUUUUGACAUCAUGUUUUGUACUUUUGAACACAUUUUGGGGAGUUAUAUGGUUCAGUGCUUGGGAUGAUAAGAACUGGCUCAAUAUUUCUCUGGUUGUAUCUAGUCAUCUCCUUGUCUCACUGAUGGUAAGUAUAUAAAUUAAUCUGUUCUUUUUCAUGUUUGUUACUUUAUAGCCUGUUGCAGGCUAUAAACAGUGAAAUUAUGAGGUAGGAGUGUGAACAAGGAGUAUCUGGGGACAAAAGCCCUCUUUCUGGCCUCAAGCCCAAGCGAAAUAACUAACUGAAUGCCUGGAACAAGCUAGAAUUUUUGGUAGUACUGAAGAAUUCUGUAGGACUGGAAUUUUUUUUCUCGAUUCUGUAAUAAACCUUAUAUUUCUCGAGUAAAAUAUCCUUUACAUUCCUGAGAAGAAUAAUGGAAAACUACCAAGUAAUAAUAUUUAUUAUCAAAAUAUCAUAAUGCAAACUACAGGGAAAUAACAUGGAAGAUCAGGGGAGGGAGUGCAGACAGCAAUUUCAAGAGAGCUUGUCUAAAGGAAGGGGAAAAAUUAUUAAUGAUACAUGACAAUGCAAAAAGGUAGCUGAUGCAGCUUUGUUCCUCUUUGGUUUAUCUGAGUUCACUGUGUUUUGUACAAUGGAAGAAGCCAUAAACACAUA